AUGUCGCAGGCACGCUGCCACCUGCGUGCCGCGCUCUUCCUGGCAGCAGUUUCUCCGCGCGGUGCAACGACCGGGGUCACGGCGCGGCGAGGGUUGAGCGCGUGGCCCGCGCCGCAGGAGCCCGGCAUGGAGUAUCAGGAUGCUGUGCGCACACUGAACACCCUGCAGACCAAUGCUGGCUACCUGGAGCAGGUAAAGCGCCAGCGGGGUGACCCUCAGACACAGCUGGAAGCGAUGAAGCUGUACUUGGCCCGGAGUGGGCUGCAGGUGGAAGACUUGGACCAGCUGAACAUCAUUCACGUCACUGGGACCAAGGGGAAGGGUUCCACGUGUGCCUUCACCGAACGUGUUCUCCGCAGCUAUGGCCUGAAGACGGGAUUCUUUAGCUCUCCCCACCUGGUGCAGGUGCGGGAGCGGAUCCGCAUCAACGGGCAGCCCAUAAGCCCCGAGCUCUUCACCAAGCACUUUUGGCACCUCUACCACCGGCUGGAGGAGACCAAGGACAGCAGCAGCUGCGUCUCCAUGCCUGCCUACUUCCGCUUCCUCACACUCAUGGCCUUCCACAUCUUCCUCCAAGAGAAGGUGGACCUGGCAGUGGUGGAAGUGGGCAUUGGUGGCGCUUACGACUGCACCAACAUCAUCAGGAAGCCUGUGGUGUGUGGCGUCUCCUCUCUUGGCAUCGACCACACCAGCCUUCUGGGGGACACAGUGGAGGAGAUCGCAUGGCAGAAAGGGGGCAUCUUCAAGCGUGGCGUCCCUGCCUUCACGGUGCUCCAGCCUGACGGUCCCCUGGCGGUGCUGCGGGACCGUGCCCAGCAGAUCUCCUGUCCUCUCUACCUGUGCCCACCACUGGAAGCCCUGGAGGAAGGGGGGCCGCCGCUGACCCUGGGCCUGGAUGGAGAGCACCAGCGGUUCAACGCUGCCUUGGCCUUGCAGCUGGCUCGCUGCUGGCUGCAGCAAAAGGGCCACCAGGGCCUCGGGGAGCUGAAGGUGUCUCGGCCCAGCGUCUUGCGGCAGAUGCCCCUGGCACCCGUGUUCCAGCCCACGCCCCACAUGCGGCAUGGGCUUCGGGACACGGAGUGGCUGGGCCGGACACAGGUGCUGCGGCGCGGGCCCCUCACCUGGUACCUGGACGGCGCGCACACUGCCAGCAGCGUGCAGGCCUGCGUGCGCUGGUUCCACCAGGCGCUGCUCCGAGGCCACAGGCCCGGCCGCGGCCCUGAGGUCCGCAUCUUGCUCUUCAACUCCACCGGGGACCGGGAUUCCGCGGCCCUGCUGAAGCUGCUGCAGCCCUGUCAGUUUGACUAUGCUGUUUUCUGCCCUAACCUGACAGAGGUGUCGUCUGCUGGCAACGCAGACCAGCAGAACUUCAUGGUGACCCUGGACCAGGUGCUGCUCCGUUGCCUCGCUCACCAACAGUACUGGAGCCACCUGGCCGAGGCGCAGGCCAGCCCAGACCUCUGGAGCUCCCCCAGCCUGGAGCCUGGUGAGCCCACAUCCUCGCUGCUGGCUUCCCACCCACCCCGCACCCAUAGCACCAGCUCCCUCGUCUUCAGCUGCAUCUCGCACGCCCUGCAGUGGAUCAGCCAAGGCCGGGACCCUGUCUUUCAGCCACCCAGUCUCCCACAGGGCCUCCUUGCCCACCCUGUGGCAGGCAGCGGGGCCGGCGUGCUCCGCGAGGCCGGCGCCAUCCAUGUACUGGUCACGGGCAGCUUGCACCUGGUGGGCGGUGUCCUGAAGCUGCUGGAGCCUGCCCUGUCCCAGUAGCCCAGGCAGUGGGGGCGGAAAUGGGGGUUCUCCCACGCCUGCCCUGCAGCUCUCCAUGAACUCCUGUUAGGUGCCUUUUGUUGUCGGCUUUUCGGAUUCUGUCCAGACUGGCCCAGGGGCCCGGGCUCUGGGCAGCAAGAUCGAGGGCUAGAGCGGGGGAGACCAAGAUGGGACAUCCUCUGAGCCUAGGGUGCCUUUGGCCUCUCCUUCCUCCUGAGACAGCCUGAGGGCUUCCUGGUUCUCCCACUGUUGUAGCAGGCCAGACUAUGCAGCCCACCUCCCUUGCCACCUUUGCCUGCCUCCUGGCUCCGGCCCAGCUCAUUAUGUGAGCUGCCUGGCCAGGCCUAGGGUCCUGCUGGGUGCUGGUUGAUGGAAUACUGCUUAGUGGCCUUCUGGGGAAGAGAGGGCUCCUGUCUGGGGUCCACUAGAGACAGAGGAUGGCUGGAGUCAAUUAAAGCCUUUAACUUUCUUAAAAAAGGAAAUGGCAAAAUGUUUGAGCGACUCAAUCUCUAGCUCCGUUAGCACACAAUAGGGGCAUGAGGGCUGCAGCUGGUCCAGGAACUGGACAGGGGAGGAACCCAGGCUGUAGGGCCUGGGACAAGCCACCCCCACCCCUGGCCCCUGAGCCUCAGGGGGGUCUGUCUGCAGCCAGAACACUGGACUCAGGUCUGUUGGCCACAGGCCAGGCGCGGAUUUACAGACCUCCCCCCAGAGACCUUGUGACAGAUGAGGGAACUGUGGCUGGCUCAAAUAAGCCACGGUCCCUGGCCACAGUCACGUAGCCAAUUCAGUGGCAGAUUCAGGAUUUGACCCCAGAGCUGUCACCUCCCCACCCAUUUUAGGCUUCCCGCCCUUUGUCCCUGCCCAGCCCAGCACGGAUUUCAUGGUCUAAUUUAUUGGUGGUGAGUAU